AUGGUGCAGGAGAAGGAGAAGGAGAUCCUGGCAGCCAUCAAGGCGGAUCUGCACAAGUGUGGGCACAACGCGUACAGCCACGAGAUCCUGAGCGUGCUGGGGGAGCUGGCCCUGGCCAUGGACAAUCUCACAUCCUGGGCAGCCCCUCAGCCCGUGAAGAGGAACCUGCUGACGAUGCGGGACGAGGCCUACAUCUCUCUGGAGCCGCUGGGAGUGGUGCUGAUCAUCGGGGCCUGGAACUACCCCUUCACCCUGGUCAUACAGCCUUUGAUCGGGGCCAUCGCAGCAGGCAAUGCCGUGGUGGUGAAGCCGUCAGAGAUCAGCGAGAACACGGCUCGGCUGGUGGCUGAUAUCCUCCCCCAGUACCUUGACCGGGAGCUGUACCCUGUGGUCACUGGGGGAGUACCAGAGACAACAGCCCUGCUGACCCAGCGGUUCGAUCACAUCCUCUACACCGGCAACUCCACGGUGGGCAAAAUCGUGAUGGCAGCGGCCGCCAAGCACCUGACGCCCGUCACCCUGGAGCUGGGCGGGAAGAGCCCCUGCUACAUCGACAAGGACUGCGACCUGGCUGUCGCCUGCAGGCGGAUAACGUGGGGGAAAUACAUGAACUGUGGUCAAACCUGCAUCGCCCCGGACUACAUCCUCUGCGACCCGUCUAUCCAGAGCAAGGUGGUGGAGAACAUAAAGGAGACUCUGCAGGAGUUCUAUGGGGAAGACGUGAAGUCGUCUCCGGAUUAUGAAAGGAUCAUCAACAAGCGUCAAUUCAAGAGGAUCCUGGGCCUGCUGGAAGGGCAGAAGAUUGCUUACGGGGGAGAGGCUGAUGAGGCCUCCUGCUUCAUAGCCCCCACUAUCCUCACCGACGUUUCUCCGGAGUCAAAGGUGAUGGAGGAGGAAAUCUUUGGACCGGUCCUCCCCAUUCUGACCGUGAAGAACGUAGACGAAGCCAUUGAGUUCAUCAACCGUCGGGAGAAGCCCCUUGCCCUCUACGUCUUCUCCAACAACAAGAAGUUAAUCAAAAGAGUCAUCUCGGAAACCUCUAGUGGGGGUUUUACUGGAAAUGAUGUCAUCAUGCAUUUCUUCCUGUCAACUUUACCCUUUGGCGGUGUUGGUAACAGCGGGAUGGGCGCCUACCACGGCAAGCACAGCUUUGAGACCUUCUCCCACCGCCGCGCCUGCUUGAUCAAGGACCUGAGGAUGGAGGGGACGAACAAACUCCGGUACCCGCCUGGCAGCCAGAAGAAGGUGGAUUGGGCCAAGUUCUUCCUCUUGAAGCGGUUUAACAAGGGCCGAAUUGGACUGGUCGCCUUGGCCCUGCUGGGGAUUGUGGCAGCGGUGGUGAUAAAGAAUCACCAGUCUGUGCUGAAGAGAAAAGCCCUCUUGAUUGUGCUGGCUGUUCAGAGGCUGGGCUGGCUCAGUGUGUGGUAAGGAGGAGCAGGUUUCAGAGCGCUCCUGUGGCUGUCACAGUGAGAUGGUUUUCUACUGAAGAGAGAAGGCACCAUGGGCAAGUCCUACUCUGAGUGCUCGCUUUGUGUGUUUCCUUAACCUGAGAAGUCAUUUUUUUCUUUUGUACUGGGUUGUUUCAGUGAGUUGUCGAGCACCCAGAGUAGCCUUAGAGAGGCACUAACCAAGAGAAAGCCCGGACUCCCGUUUACUAAAAAGCUGUGCUGAAACAGAGGGACCACUGGGCACCAGCUCUCAAAAGGAGGACUGCAGAGCAAGAAAGACCAGUCCCUA